AUGAGGAUCGAAGAGGUGACGUCGACUAAGCACGCCCACCGGGUGGCGUCACACAGCCACAUCAAGGGCCUUGGAUUGAAUGAAGACGGUUCUGCCAAAGAAAUAUUCAUGGGCAUGGUUGGGCAGGAGAAGGCGAGAGAGGCGGCCGGCUAUGUGGUCGAGCUUAUCAGGUGCAAGCGAAUGGCCGGCAAGGCACUUCUUUUAGCUGGUGAGGCUGCGUAG